AUGGACCUCCUCGAUCGUCUCUCCGCUAGACUCCGCAGUCUCAUUGGUGGCACAGCCACUCCGGGGGCGGCGGCAAAGCUUGCGAAUCCUAGCACCAACAAAGAUCAUUCCAAGGUUAAUCUGCCCUCGCCGAGAAAGAAAUACCGGCCGAGAGCAGCUCGUCAAGCAGCUGCCACCCCAUAUGUCCCACCGGCCAAGCGCUCCAUUGAUAAGCAGACAGGCAGCAGUGGCAGUGGCAGCAUCAGGAAGCACAACCCCUCUGCACUGCUUCGCGAGGACCGCGCCCGCUCCUUUGUGAUAGAGCAGAAAAAGUCCCACAAGGCCCGUAUCAUCCAGCACCAGCCCGCACCCCAGCGUCUCCGCGCCACAAAGCGCACCCUCACCUUCCAGCCGACCGUCCUCGACCUCGAUGACGCCCGCAUGGGCGCUAGCGAGGAGACGAGCUCGGAGGGCGGCAGCGACGCAUCGCACACCGUCCUCACCACCGUCCGCCUCUCCCCGCCCAAGCUCGAGCGGGCUCUCCAGGCGGCCCGCGAGCGCGCGGACGAGGCCGAGGAGCUCGCGCAGGAGGCCCUCAAGUUCGACGCGACGCGUUCCCGCGUCGCGGAGAUCCGCCGCACUCGCGUGCUUGCGCAGUACGAGGCGCAGAUCGCGCAGGAGGUUGAGGAGGCCGAGGAGCAGGGGCGCGCGGAGAGGGAGAGGGUGCUUAGGGAGGUCGCGGAGCGGCUCCGUGCGGAGGCGGAUAGGAUGAGGGAGGAGGUCGAGAUGCGCGAGCGCGAGGAGAUGCAGCGUAUCCAGGACCAGGCGCGUAUGCGCCGUGCCGCUUGGGAGUGGGAGCAUCGUGCCUCUGAGCCUGUCAGGGGCGACGCGGCGGUAUGGGGGGCGCUUGCCGAGUACGAGCACAAGUGGGGCGUGCUGCAGGAGCACGAGGACCAGGUUCCGGAGAGUGGUCUCACAGCGAACGAGUUCCCCUGGCCGGUAUUCGAAGACCGGCCGACCGUCGACUCGUUCACUUUCGACAACGUCGGCAACUUUCUCUUUCACCGCUGGCGCACUGUGGCCCAGCAAGUGCCGCCAAGGGGGGUCGUUGGCCGCGAGUUGGGCAGGUAUCACCCUGAUAGGUUCGAGGCCUAUGUUGGCAAGAUCGCUAAGCAGGAGAGGGGGCUCGCGCGAACAAUGGGCGGUGCGGUGGUAGAGGUGCUCUUGUCGAUGCUGGCUCAGUUGGACGACGCCAGCUGAUAGUACUUUGAUAAGGUCAUGCAGAAGAACGUAACUUUAUACCGUAUUGUAUUGUAAUACCCUUGUUGUUUGAUAACCAAUAGAUAAUUC